UUCAACACGUUUCCUACAGCUAAAACACGGUACACAAAUUACAUCAAUCAAGUCUUACACAAGUACAUGAUGAACUGAGCUCUUGGAGCCGCACGCAUGUCAAAUUGUAAGUGCCGCCAAUGCGAUGUACUCACCACGGGGGGAAGAUCCGGUUAUUAUUCAGAGUUCUGUAUAUCUAACUACUGUUUUGGGGUCUAUGCUGGUAGAGUUCGCCCCAGAGGUAGCAGAAUCUAUACGGAAGAAGUUAAAAGAAAUAUGGCAAAAGCUAACAGGAGGAAAAUCCACCGGAGGUAAUAAAAACAGAGAUUCAAAGAGUGCCAAUCGUAGAGGUUCGAAGCAAAGUCGUAAAGAUAAAAGCCGUGAUCAGGAUUCUGAUGAUGAGGAGGGAAGCCAGAAGGCUAGUAAUACAGACGAAGAUGACCAAGGAAGUAAGAAGAAAGAUUCUAAAAAAAGAAAAGGAAAAACGUCCAAUAGGAAGGAUAACAAGAAAACUCAACAGUCAGAUGAAUCCAAAAGUAAGAAAGAUAACAAUUCUACAGAUGAGGACGACGAAGACAGAAAAAAAGAAUCCCCUAAAACAAGAAAAGAUGAAAAGCCCAAUACAAAAGAGAAAAAGAAAGCCCCAAAGUCUGAUGAGCGGUCUAAAGAUAACAUAUCUGUAGCUUCUCGCGCUUCCCUUGGUCGUCGUUCUUCGUCAAUGUCAAAUCGACAAACCAAUGUGGAACGGAGGCCAUCUACCACCAGUCAAAAAUCAAGAGAAAGGUCCAGAUAUCAUGGCUGAUGUUCUGAUAUAAAAUUAAAAAAAUAAAGACUAUUCUGGAUUAAUAUGA